ACCCUACCCCCAGCCUAUCCCCUGGCCUGGACUGCUGGGCUGGGCUCCUGGGAGGGGCCUGGUGCUCUCAGGAGUGGGUGCAGGUGUGGUGGUGGGGGAGAACCCAGGUGGGGUCUAGUGUCCCCUGCUGGGCCCAGCCUGGGCCCUUUGUUUCCUUCCUUCAUUUUUCUGAGGAAGUGACCCAUGAAGAGCCGAGGUUUGUUCUGUGGGGAAGAGGCCUCUUGGGAAGAGGGUGGGUUUGUCUGCAUCUCCUCCGUCCUCAGUGCUCUUUAAGAUGGCAGGUCUGAGGACUAAGGGAUUCUGGAAUUCAGAGCCCCCUCCCUGCGUCCCUCCCUAGGGCCUGAGCCGGGACCCAUGUUGGUUGCUUUCUCUCAGUGGUCUUGGGUUCCCACAGGCAAGCGAGGUGGUUGUGGUAGGCUCAGAGCUGGCAGAUGGAGUCGGAGCGACCUAUCUGGCCACCCAAGGGUCCUCAAAUCAUGGAAGGGGUUGACUUCUCUGGGUGUGGUUCCCCGGAGACUGAGUCUUGCACAUCCUAGUCCCUUGGUGUCCCACCUCUGUGGUCAUGGGAGGCAGUUCCUUAGGGUUAAGGUCUGUCCCUCGGCUCCCUGCGGAGCACAGCACGUCACCUGUGGGUCUGACCAGAGGCCCCUUCCCUAGCACCUUCCUUUUCCACUGGCCUUAGGGGCCCCAGCUAGUGCCAUACGGGUGGGAGGGGCGUCCUUGUGUGGGAAUGUGAGCAGCUCUGUAAACAGCUGGUGACUCACCGCAUAGUUAUGUCACUGACUUGUAGUUGCUGGAAGAGGUGCCUGGUCCCUCCUCCCUCGCAUGGAAAAGUUUCUCAUGGAGUCAUGGAGCUCCCAGGCGCCUGGGUCCUGCAGGGCCCUACAGGGUGCCCAGAGCCCAGGGCUUCUCCCGUGUCUCUGUCACCCAGCUCAGGGUGGUGGGGGUGGCAUGCCUCGGGCCCCCUCACAUCAUGGGUCAAGUCAUGUUGGAGAGCAGCUCUUACCUCCAUGUUCAUCCUGAGCUGCUGCUUGUCCAUUUCAGGCCUGGGCCUAUAAGGGGUCAGGGUGCUCCCUCAGUCCCUCCCUUGAGAGGAGCCCCAAGCCUACCUGAGGCUCCCCAGCUGGCCCCUGCUGUCCACUUCAGUUUCCAUGGGAGCAGCUGGAGUCACCAGGCUGCUGGUGUCUAGCGCAGAGCGUGGAUCCUGUGUUCAUCAGCAGCUUCUUGUUUAGAGGGUGGCAGGACCCAGGUCUGCAGGGAGAGGGGCAGUGGAGGUCGCCCACCAUCCAGCCCCAGUCUAUCCUCUGUACCCCUUUUCCAUAUGUUUCUCUGCUUUUGCUUCGACUCAUCCCUAGAAUGUGGAUGUGGGGGUGUGGCCCAUCCAGUGGCCACCCUGUGUUUCUCCCCUUUCUUCUGGGGUUAGAAUGAAUGAGUUUGUUUACUGUCUGACAACCUCAUGAUGUCUUCACACAGGCCUGACCUGAAGUCAUGAUUGCUUUUGGGCUUCUCUGUUUCUAUGGCAACCAUCAGGGGUUGGCUACUUCCCAAGGUCGUCAUGGCAACUAUCAGAGGGGAAUCAUGCUUGGGAUGCUUUGGCUGGGUUUUUCAUGAAUGAUUAGAAUGUGUGACACAAUGCAGACUCUAAAAUGAGAAGGGCGGUUGGCGGGGACAAGUCUCACCAGACAGUUGAUUAGUUCUGCGAGGCAGCCAUGACUCCUCACCUCCUAUCUCUGGCCCUUCUCAGGAGCCCCCACCCAUCCUUGGGGCCCCAGAGUCACCUGUGCAGACUAGGGGCAGCCAGGCUGAGGUGGUGAUGUCACAGCUGCAGUUCCCUUCCCCGCGCGUUGCAGUUUCCCAGCACUUCCGUCCUGGUGAUUGUGCCCGGGUUAUGACGACUAAUCCCAAGCCCAACAAGGCGUUAAAGGUCAAGAAGGAGGCGGGCGAGAACGCCCCGGUGCUCAGUGAUGAUGAGCUGGUGUCCAUGUCAGUGCGGGAGUUGAACCAGCACCUCCGGGGGCUCACUAAGGAGGAGGUCACCCGCCUGAAGCAGCGCCGGCGCACGCUCAAGAACCGCGGCUACGCAGCCAGCUGCCGCAUCAAGCGGGUGACGCAGAAGGAAGAGCUGGAGCGGCAGCGGGUGGAGCUACAGCAGGAGGUGGAGAAGCUGGCCCGCGAGAACAGCAGCAUGCGUCUAGAGCUGGACGCCCUGCGCUCCAAAUACGAGGCCCUGCAGACCUUCGCCCGCACUGUGGCCCGCGGACCUGUCACACCCACCAAGGUGGCCACCACCAGCGUCAUCACCAUCGUCAAGUCCACAGAGAUCUCCUCCACCUCUGUGCCCUUCUCAGCCGCGUCCUAGUGCCUGCUUGGGCCGUGAGGCGGCACGUCCCUCGUGCCUGCCCAGAGUCCUGGCGCAGACUCGAAACACCAGUCGUUGCAGACCCCUCGGGGCUGAGAGUGGGGACAAGCGAGGUGCCAGAUGAAGAGUAGGCUCUUGUGAGCCAGGCACUGCACACCGCCCAUGCACACACAGGUGCACGCCACCCUCACGCCCUGUCCCUCCUCUCCAGAUGGGUCUGUUUCAAGAGUCAGUGGGAGAUGACCCCACAGUCCCCUGCAGGGUCUGCCAGCAGGAGGGGCCCCUGUGGCUGGGUGUGGGGCUCAUCUUCCACUCCUCUUGCAAGCAGCCUUUAACACCGUCCUGCCAUGGCUCCCACCUGGGCCAGGCACCCUGUGCUGACCUCCCUGAGCUCUGGAUGCCCCUGGGGGGAGUGAGGGAGCUCGAAGGCAGCUCUGGUCUUCCGUUGUCCCACUGAAGCGUGCUACGAUGAGCUUUAGCCCUUACACCCAGCCCGUGCCCUGGGAAGCAGAGAUGGGAGAGGCUGUGUGCUAGUGCUGUGCCCCACGGGCCUACUGUCACAGGGCCUGUACACCAGAAGCACCGGGGUCAUGUCAGAAAGGCCUGUCCAGUAUGUGUGCAGAGAGUUGUGUGUAUGUUGUGAAGUUUCCCUUGUGCUCUGUGACCCAAGGUGGUUGCCCAGCAAGGCCCAGCCGGCAGAGCCGGCUGGCUUUCUGCCAGCCUGCUGGCCAUCCCUGGAUUUCACAAGAUGAGGGCAGGAGCAUCCCAUCAGCCGCUGGAAAGCAGAUCUUGGUUUCCCUAGAGCUGCCUCUGGCUGGCUGUGCUCAGCGAGGUGGGGAAGGUGGAGAUCUCGAGGCCUGCAGGGAAGGGUUGUGUGGUUUGGAGAGGAGUGGAGGCCUCAGGGAUGUCGGUGGACAUAGACGUGUCAGUUGAUGUCCUGGGUGGAGUAUCCCACAGACCACUGUGCUUCCUGCUGCUGGGUGGGGUGGAGCAGUGGGGGGGUGAGGAUGGAGCCGAGGCUCUGAGAUGGGGCCCGGGGACAUGAAGGAGGCCUGAGAGCACAGCAUGGGGGUGAGGGCACUGCAGGGAACUCCUCACGGGCCUGCCUCUGUGUUGAGGUCAGCCAGGAGCCCCUAGACGGGCUUGGGGCAGAGGUGGGUCCCUGCGCCCUGGUGCUGGACCAUCACCCAGAGCCUUCACCUGCUCUUUCUUCAUGGAGCUCUGAACUGCUCAUGAUCUUGGGGAUCCUUCCGGGACUUCCUUUCCCAGAGCACUGCUGCAGGGCACCCUCCUCUGACUGGGGUCUUGGCAAGAGGAGUUGGCUUGGACACCCCUGUCUGGGGUGAGCCGGUGGAGCAUGAGCCCUGUGUCCUGCUGCCAACUGGAAGCCACUGUGCAUGACAGGCAGUGAGGGGGUUGCGCCCCUCACUCCCAGUUCCCUCCUGGCCUGCCCUGUACCCCAGCAAGCUGCCGCACUGUGUGCAGGGAGGGCCGAGGACGGGCGGCCCGAGGGCUGCGACGUGGUUCUGAGUCUGCUGUCAGAAGUGAAUAGAAAGCGUCAGGGCUUCUCUGGUGGCACCACCAUGCGGCUGGUCCUCUUCUGGGUCCAGUGCAGUGCUGAGGGUUGGCCAAGCUGCCGCCCAGCUAUGCGGGGUCACACUGGAGCCUCAGCAGGAGGCUCUGCUGGGCACUUGAAGCUGUCGAUACCAUAGCCAUGGUAGGUAAUCCAUAUUGGAUAUCAAUAGGGCCAUGGGAAAUAUUUAAAGAGAAAAAGAAUAUAUAUAUAUAUAUAUAAUUAUAUACACAUUUUAUCGUACAGAUUUUUCAUAAGUUUUUUCCAGUUUGAUACUGUAGAUCUUAAUUAGUGCAGAGUUGUGUUGGAUGGGGUGAGAGUGUGCUGCCUCCUCUGGUGUGUGCUGGGCCUGGGGACAAGGCCUAGCCCCAGCAGGCACCAUGCUUGGUGGGUGGCCCCCAGGGCAGGCCACGCAGCUGCAAGUUCUGUCUAGCCCUGGGGUCUGUCACAUCUCUGGGAUGUGGCAGGCUUCUGGCUCUGAGUGGCUUCCCACUCUUGGCCUGUGGUGCUGUGCUAGAGAAGGAGCUCCCCACACUCGGCCUCCAGGGUGGACAGAACUUCCAUCACCACCCAGGGAGCCUCCGUCCAGGAUGCUCACGGGCACAGGGCCAGGGAAGGAAGUGGCACAUUCUGCUUUUCCUUUGAGAUCACUGAAAUUUUAUUGUCACGAUUUAAUAUAUGAUUUUUUUUUUUUUUUUUUUUAUUUAAGAAAAAGACAAGGACCUCUUUGUUGUGGGUUUGUUUUCUGUCCUGUGGCUCAGACCUCCCAAAGAGGGUGGGCUCUGCCUUUCCUGGGUGGCCAGGCGCUCCCUCCACACGCCACGCACAGCGCGUCCUGGCCUCCCAGCCGCAGUUCCAUUUCAAUAUUUAUUUUUUGCUGCUUUCCCCAUGAUAUAAAUUAUUGAGAGGAGAUCACAUGCUGUGGACCCGCACCUGUGCCCCGUGCCCACCCCGCCCCAUCUCACGGCCACCACCUAAUUUAUUGCUGUACACGUCGCUGCUCUGACUGCUUUUGUACCUUUGCAAUAAAGAAACCCCUGGUUUUA